AUGUCCUCCACCAUCGUGGCCACGAUCUUUACUCUACCAUUUCUUGCACUUAUUUCAAUACCUCUCAUUAUAUCGGCCUGUGCCACCAUCUGUCUUGCAUUUGUGGCUCUCCUUGUCCGAGUCUCCGUUGUCUAUAUUGAACUAUGCUAUGCCAUCAUAUCAGGCUAUUUCACUAUCCCAAUGUCAGAUAACUUGUCCCUCUUGAGCUUUGCAGCAUCAGAACCAACCACCCCAGCGGGUUUGGCAACUCCAAAGCGUCGAUCUUUGGACCGUGGCAUGACGCUACUCUACCCCAACCCUCCAAUUCACCGUCAAGUCUUUCCGGGUCAAGGUCGAUAUGACUUGUUUCGACGCCGACAAAGUUCAAACUCCUCGGAAGGACUAGGUGAACGAGACAGUGCGUUUAUUAGCCCUGAUGGUGCACCUUUUUUGAGAGAAACAUUGCCCGUGGCUGGUCCCUACCCCCAAUCAACCUUUCUUAGCCUAAUCAGUGGUGACCAGGGCAGAGAUUUCGAGGGGGUUGGUGGAUGGCGAUGUCCGGCAUCAUCUGUCAGAUCCCAUGGGCAUCAUAUCUCAAAAUCCGCAUCCCCGUCUCCUGAUGACAGUGUGAGCGACGAUGCGGAUGAGAGGGCCUGGCUCUCCAUCAAUCAACGAUUAGAACUACCUUCACAAUCUCCGACUCUAGCACAUAGUUAUGACUCUCCAGAACAUGCAUUGUUGUGGAGGCGCAAGCGAAGAUUUUCAGCUACUCCUGAACUCCACGGCAAACGAAAUCACCAACGCUCUGCCACUACCUCAGCUAUAUCAAGCCUUAAUCUUCGAAAACCAGAUUGCUUCGCUUCCUCAUCGUACAACCAAGACCCUCGCACGGUGGAUCCGAUUCGGCCGAAAUCGUUGUCAUCACAUUCACCGCGCCUACGAGCAUCUCGUGACGUCUCUCCCACCACUACUGGCAGUCCGCCACAAGCUAGUGCUUGCCUCUCGAGCUCAAUGGAUGGAUCCGGGGGAUACUUCGCUUUACGACCCAGAAGUGCGGCGAGUAGUGGGACGCCAUCUUCAGGGAGUUUGACACCAGUCGAGGAACGAACAUCUCAGGAAACGAGGGAAACAUCAGCUCAUAAUCCUAUCAGUGCGAGACAACGUAGAAGCGCUCCAGGGCCUAAUUCUGGGUCUCGGCUGCGAAGGCCGUCUGAGAUGGAUUACACCACACAAGGGAUUUGA